UGGUAAGUCCACAGUGCUGUUCCAAAUCCGGAAAGUAUGUACUAGGGGGUUGCUAGGGGGUGGCCACACACGGCGCCCACGGCAAACUUGCAAUUGACGAUCAUCGCGGUCAAAAACAUACCUGCGUAGUCUCAGACAAAGACACUCCACAAGCUUACAGCGAAGGGAUUGUGUCGAACCCACACAUCGGCAGACAAAACCGCACCACAGCUGGGUUUGUGAAACGCAAUGGCAAACCUAUCCGACGGUCACAGUCGUACGGUCUCAGCCUCUACACAAGACCUCGAACUUGUGCGCGACGAAGAGCUCUGGUUUCUGGACGGAAGUAUCGUCCUCGUCGCCGAGAGGCGCGCAUUUCGUGUAUAUCAUGGUAUCCUGUUGCGCGAGUCCACAGUCUUCAGCGGCCUGCUGUCUCUACCUCAGCCAGAUGACGUAAAUGGGAUAGAUGGCUGCCCUUUGGUCAAGCUGUCGGACUCCGCGGAUGAUCUCCGACAUCUGCUGCGAUUUUUAUUUAAUAGGAGAUAUUUGAUGCCCGCUGGAGAACCCAUAGCAUUCUCCGCUGCAGCAGCCCUCGUUCAACUAGGGCAUAAAUAUCAACUUGACAUCGCUGAAGCCGAAGGCCUUCGACUGCUGAAGACGGUUUUCACAACGAGCUUCCGCGACCAACCUGAUAUCAUAUAUCGAAGCUUCGACUCAAGUGGCCGGCAGCAAACCGUCCAGUCCGUUGUUCGGUAUCAAGAUCGAGACGCAAUCACCGCCGUCAACCUCGCUCGACUGACCGGCGAAUGGAGUAUCCUGCCUACCGCGUUCUAUCUGUGCUGUCAGCUCAAAGCCGAGACACUUGUGCUGGGAAACCCUCGGGCCGACCGACGGCUCGCAGGAUUGCCUCAGUCCGAGUGACCUAGCAAUAUGUAUCGACGGAAAGAAGGAGUUGAUGUACGCGCAUGCUGCGGCAGCGCGCGCCAUCCUCUACCCAACUGGAGUGAUCACUGGACCCGACAGCUGGUUCGCCGAUUGCGAGAGCGGAGACUGCAAAGAUAUACGGGACGGACUCUUCCCGGACAUCGUUAAAAUACCAAAGUUUGGAGAGAACACGCUGUGGGGCUGGGACUCGGAAGAAAUCAUCGCAG